ACCGCAGCUUGUUUUUAUUUUUUCUUUCCCUAGAAUGAAAUAAUUUUUGGCAAAAAACAGAAAUUUUUUUUUAUGGCCAAACCGCUUCGAAUAUAGUACUGUAUUAUUUUGGAUUCAUCAUCCCUUGAAAUAGAAUUCAGAUACGGGUUGGAGGUUUUGAGAAAGUAGGGAAUGGCGUCUGCUUCCACAACUCGUGCCAUUUCCAUUAGCGUUGGCUGUUACAGCAACGAACAUCUUCUUUUGGGCCAGUCCAGAAGCAGAAGUAACAUCGCCUUGCAACUUCAUUUACGUCCGCCUUCCUCCCUUCUUACUUUCUCUCGCCGUCGAAGUAAUAGUGCUAUCACUUCUACCAAGAAGAAGAAAAAGAGUUCACCCAGGAAAGAUACCGAGGAAGUUGAUGAGAUACAUAAAGAUGCUUUUGAGGCACUCUUUCAGCUGCUGGAAGAAGAUCUGAAAACUGAUGACCGAUCCGUGAACGAUGAUGAUGAUAUAACUGAGGAGGAUCUCGAGAAGCUUGAACGUGAACUGGAGGAGGCACUGGAGGAUGAGGAACAACUAGGAGUAAUUGACUCAAUUGCUGAUGAGAAAAUUGAGAGCAAGACUGAAGAUGAAGAAUCAGUAGCAGAAAAUAACAAUGAAGAUAAUGAAGGUGAAGAAAUGCUAGUGAAUUUGAAAAAUUGGCAACUUAAGAAACUGGCAUGUGCCUUGAGAAAGGGACGACGCAAGUUAAAUAUAAAAGAUCUUGUUGCUGACCUAUGCCUUGAUAGAGCUGUUGUUCUUGAAAUACUUAGCAAUCCUCCGCCAAGUCUUGUACUGCUGAGUGCUGCCUUACCUGAUGAACUUGUCCCCAGAAUGAUAGAGCCAGAAAACAAACUGCAGGAGCCUGUUCCUACAGAGAUGAGUGAUGCUGCAAAGCCAGAGGCUAAGGAGGAAGCGCCAGUUCAUGUGAUGCAAAGUAGUUGGUAUGCUCAAAAGAGGCUAAAGAAAGUCCACUUAGAAACCCUUGAACAAGUUUAUAGACGAUCAAAGCGGCCCACUAAUGCCAUGAUUAGCAGCAUUGUGCAUGUGACAAAUCUGCCUCGGAAUAGAGUUCUGAAAUGGUUUGAAGACAAACGGUCUGAAGAAGGGGUUCCUGAUCAUAGACUUCCAUAUCAACCAUCAUCUAAAUCUUAAAUAGUACUUUCCAUCUGAGUAGCAGCUAAGACACUAAUUUCUGUAUGUUAAACUGGUUUCUCAUGCUAUCAGAUACUAGAAUUAUUUGAUACCGUUAGCUUCCUUAUGCUAUUUAUUUUACUGCAGCUAGAAUAACAGGAGCAAAUAGCAGUACCCUCUAUAAAGAUAAGAUGGUGAUUAACAAAAUGAAAUGAACAUCUUUAGUUCGUGA